AUGAGCACCUCGACCGACAGUCCGCCUCAGCAGCCGCCUAGCGACUCGCCGCAAUCUGCACACGACGACGCCGCCAGCCAUGCCCCGUCCGCCGACGCCGUGAGCCCGCCAGCCGGCGAUGCGCCGCCGCCGCCACCCGUCAACCUGCAGGCGCUGACCGACCGCGCGCUGAACUUCUUGUCGACCGCUACAAAUGAGACGCUCGGGGCCUGCCUGGUGGGUCUGGGAGCUACGACCUACCUGGUGCUGGGAAGAGUCGGUCUGGUCCUCAUCGGAGUCGUCGGAGGCAUCGUCCUGCACGCGCAGUGGGAGGGCACCCUCCGUGGCUUCCCCGACGAUGCCGCCCGCGCUGCCCAAGAGCGGCGGCGCAAGGAACUCGGCCUCGACAUCAUCAAGAGGGUCAUGGACGUGCGCGCGCAGAACAAGGAUUCUCAAUCUUCCCGCCGGCGGGAUUCCGAAGUUGACAUCCAGCUCUUCUCUGGCAAGCAACUGGACUACUCUACAUUCCAGCCCGAGACGGCCGCCGCCCUGACCGACCUGACCGAUGCCAUUGUGCGGGACUAUAUCAAAUGGUGGUACGGCCCGCUCGUGCCCACCGAAGUGGCUUUCCCAAACGCCUGCCGCCAAACCUUGACCGCCUUCAUUCUCUCUGUUGCCAACCAUCUUGCCCGGAAGCGUCCGGCAGACUUCUUCCUCGAAUACCUUACAAACUCGUCCGCUAUCAUGAUUGUUUUCCUGAAUGAGCUGUCCGAUGCUAUCGGAAGCUCUCCGUCCACAACCGCUGUCGAAGCGGUCCAAUCCUACCUACGGCUCAAACCGGAAAGCAAGCUGUCCAGCGUUUUGGAUAGAAAACAUCAGGAGAAGAAAUUUGAUGCUGUUGCGGAGGAUAUUCUGGAGAACUAUCUGGAGCCCAAGACCUAUAACUGCAAGCCGGCACGCAUAUUCCUGAGGCAGAUCCUUGCCAAGGUUGUUCUUGAGAUGGCACUGACUACCAUGUCAAAGCCCGAGUGGAUCAACGGUUGGAUAGUUUACAUGCUGGAGGAGGGCGAGCCGGAGCUCAUGAAAGAGAUAGAUGCUGGUGUUCAGGGUUCAAAGGGCCGCAAGCUCGAGGAAGUCAAAGACAAUGUGGCAAUCGCAGAGAUGGCAGCGAAGAAGGAGCAGGCAGAGGCACGGCAGACGGAGGACAAUAAGACUAAGGCAACUCAUCGUCGGGUUGUCAGCAAAGCCCAGGAAGCUAUGGAUGAAGCGAUGAAGGAGGCUCAACGGCUGACUCAGAUGAUUCAAGAGGAAGAGGCAACUAAACCAUCCGACAGUGGCGAGGAGGCAAAGCUGGGUAGGAAGAAGUCCACUUCGGGACUCAGCGACGAAGUUUCGGACAGCACACCGCAGGAAGCAUUUACACCGACGUCAUCCCAGAGCGACCACAACGAAGAACGUCCUCAGUCUCUUCACGACUCGGUCAUUGGCAAGACCAGUCUGCACGAAUCUUCGAAGGUGAGAGAUCCAACAAGCGAACCAGUCCGAAAGUCUUCAUCGGACGAGGAAAAGUCGCCCAACUCCAUCUCAACAGCACCAAAGCAGGCGUUCACCAGCUUUGACCAGAUUGUCACAUCGCCCACUCCGACAGCGCUAGGCGGACGCCCUCAAAGCGUCAGCAGCAAACCGCCGCCUUUGACACUAUACAACGCAAACAUCUCCAUUUUCGACGACUCAUUACCUGGAGACAAGUCCGUGGUCAAAUCGAAACCGGUGGGCGACUACUUCGUCCAGAUUGAGCCUGCUUCAUCGGCCCACCCUGGCUGGAUGAUCUCAAGGAAAUAUGCAGACUUUGAGACACUGCAUGAGGUCCUACGACGUAUCUCUGUUGUUUCUGGGGUCGGAUUCACAGAGUCUCACCCAAACCUGCCUGCUUGGAAAGGCCACACGAAGAACUCGCUCCGUGGCGAGCUAGAAAGGUACCUGAACGACGCUGUUCGAUGGCAGCCAUUGGCCGAGAGUGAAGGUCUGAAAAGGUUCCUUGAGAAGGAUACUGGGGUUCCGGGAGCGAAUAAAGGAUUGAGCUGGCCUACCCCUUCCGCCUUCGAGCAAAUGGGCAAGGGUAUGUUCGACACACUAUCCAAGGCCCCAAACCAGGCUGCGGCUGGUGGAAAGGCAAUCUUUGGUGGCGUCACUGGAGUGUUUGGUAGCUUGGGACCAAAGAGAAAGAGCAUGGUCAAUCCUCCCAGCAACAGCAGCAACACCAAAACGGACGAGUCGCCAGCGGCGAAUCGGCAUAGGAGGGCAGAGAGCACCGUUUCAGAGCUACCUAACGCUUCCCACCUGAGAUCGGAGAGCAUGCUCUCCACCAGCGGUAGCGGCAGACGAAGCACCGAGAGCAUCCGGAGUCCUGUUUCCCGACGCAGUCAAGACAGUAUUCGUAGCCUACCGGUAGUUGACCAGCAGCCAGCGCCUAUUGCUCAGAUGGAACGUCGACCGAGCUACAAUCCAGAGGAUGCCGAAAACAAACCUCGGCCCAACUCUUCGAAAUCUUCAGCUCAUGGAGGAAGUAGAGCCCAUAGCCGCAAUCCGAGUAGAGCACCAUCGCAGAGGGAAAGUUUGGAUAUAUCUCCGCUCAUGGGUGGCGAUCAAAUCCUCAAUCUUCCUCCUCCUCCGUCCGAUAUCUCCGAUUCAUACGGCGAACCUGGCAUGCCUUCGAGUCCUGAGCGAGAGCGAAAGCGCGGCAGCCGAAGCGAGGAGUCUAGACGCCUUUCUAGGGCUUCAACGGCUAGAGAAUCCAUGCUUAGUGAACCAGUCAGAGGGGCCAGUCCGCCCAAGCUGCCGCGUUCACAGACGGAGCCUGGGAAGCUGAAGGCUGAAUCCAAGCAAAAGGCCCCGCUGAACGAGAACGAGACACAGAUGGCUGUAGAACUCUUUUUCGCCAUCAUCAACGAGCUUUACACUCUUUCUUCAGCGUGGCAGAUCCGGAAAACUCUCCUUGGAGCCGCCAAGACGUUCCUGCUACGACCUGGAAACCCGCAGCUCGAAAGCAUCCGCGUCCUUUUGCAAGACACGGUGCUCGAGGCAAACUCGUCGGAUGCUGGUAUUGCAUCGCAUAUCGAAAAAUUGCGCUUCAACACAAUGCCAACAGACGAGGAGAGGAAGAACUGGCCUGCACCGACGAGCGACGAAGACAAGGAGAAGUUGCGCGUCAAAGCUCGCAAGCUGCUCGUUGAGCGCGGUAUGCCCCAGGCUCUCACAAGCGUAAUGGGCCAGGCAGCUAGUGGAGAGGCGCUCGGCAAGGUGUUUGAUUGCCUGCAAGUUGAAGACGUUUCUAGAGGAUUCAUGUUCGGGCUGCUGCUGCAAGCGGUCCGAGCAGUGACUGCAUAG